AUGCCAAUCUCGUCGGAUUUGGAAACCGCGCCCGUCUGGAUCGAAAUAACACGCGAUUUGAUUCGAAAAAGAGCUGAGCAUAACGAGGGGGAAAUUUUCUCUCUAGAAGAAAUCGCCCUCCAUCAACAAAACAUAUGCAAAAUUGAGCACAUCGACUUGUGGUGUCCUAGUUUGAAGAUAAUCUACCUACAAGCCAACGAAAUUUCUAAAAUAGAAAACGUCCGUCGGUUCAAGAACUUGGAGUAUCUCAAUUUGGCGUUGAAUAAAAUUGAAAUUGUGGAGAAUCUGGAAGGGUGCGAGUCACUCAACAAACUGGAUCUUACACUCAACUGCAUCCGCAAACUGAGCAGCCUCACGUCUCUUACCAACAACUAUGCCCUACGGGAAAUAUACCUGACCGGCAACCCUUGUGCAGCGUUCAAGUUUUACCGUUUAUAUGUCAUCGGUACUUUGCCCCAGUUGGAAUCUUUAGAUGGAGUGGCUGUUUUACAUACCGAACGGCUGGCGGCAAAAGCUAACUUUGAUUACAUCCAGUCAGAAAUUUUGGAACAGGAAUCCAUCAAAACGCACAAUCCGCCAAUUGAACGAGCCUCCGAAAUCCGCCGUCAGCUACGCAAUGAAAGAGAAUGUCUAGCUACAGCAGAUCAGACUCCUUCAAAACCGGAGAUAAACCGCCUGCUGGUUUCUAAAGAUGGCCGUGUUUUGAAUUCUAAUCAAGCAGAAGUCAACUUUAAAUUAGUCGAAGAAGACGACACUAUCAUAUUGACCGUCAAACUUGCAAAGUACAUGGACACGUCACUAAUAGAUGUAGACGUUCAACCUACCUUUGUUCGAGUCAUAAUCAAGGGCAAAUUAUUGCAGCUGGUCCUUUCAACUGAGGUGCAGAGCGAUAGAUCCGUGGCACAGCGUUCUCUGGCUAGUGGUGAUCUAGUCGUAACUAUGCCAAUGGUUAAAGAUGUCGUCAAACCCAGAGACAAUUCUGAUAUUCCUGCUUUAGAACCGAUUGCUUGACAAAUAUAAACAUUAAAGGUAAUUAAGAGAAAA